AUGGACAUACCGCGCGAUGCUGGCCCCGACGGAGUGGUAUCGCUGUAUCUUCGGCCAAAGAACAGCACGGCGACCCAGAGCACGGCCGGGAAAAUCCGUUGCUUUGCUGGCGGCGAAUGGAAGCCGCGCUCGGAGUUCUCGAAUCGGCAGCUGGAGAAGUUUGCCCGUGCCCGUGUCCCCCCCGGCCAGUCCGAAAUUUCCUGCAGAGCCCAUUCCACUCAGAUUCGCCGCGAGCUCAAAUGCGAGGGCCCCUGUGCCAAGUGGCAGCCCAUUGAGAAUUUCAGCCGCAGCACGCGCAACCACAGCAAGACGCUCAGUGUUGAGCCCGGCUUUGCUCCGUACGUCCCUCCCACGGCCCUCAACGAAGACGAUGAGGACGACCAAGGCGACGAAGACGAAGACGACCACGACGGGAUCAUUCCCAUCGACGAGGUUCCUGGCGAGCGGAUCGAAGACUGGAUCCAAGGCAACCCGAGCGAGCUUGGACAGUUUGACAGAAUCGAAGUUGGCACACAGCCCUCGAUCGUGGGCAGCAGCUCGGACAUUUCGCGCCCCAGUCUGCUCGAUACGCGCAACCGCGAGCUCGGUGGCCUUCCCGAGGCUUUGAGCGCCGUCAACCUCGGCAGAAGUGCGGACUCUGGCCCUUCGCAAUCGUCUCGGGCCUCGAUUGCUUCCGCAUCCACCGUCAGAGGGCCAGCGGCAACUGCUCUGGGCGGUGAUCUCACACCUGUCGGAGGCUCGCUGCUGAUGGGCGACUCUGACACUGUGUCGCAGAGCAACCGAACGUAUUCGAACACGCUGUUCUCCGCUGCCAAUUCGAGACGGGCCUCCAGCCAGAGCGGCUCGGUCGUCUCGGGCUCCGGCGGCGGUGGGGACACUGUCUGGAUGGAAAACCGAUUUGCGGCGCUGCCGCUCACUCCUUCGCAGCCAAUGGCGCCGUCCCAGCGAGCGGAAACCCGCAAUGGAUGGGCCAGACCUGUUCAACGGAAGACGACCCUGAUCGCUCCUCGCUACGUGUCCAACACUGGCGGCAUAGAGAUCCAGCCGCAGAAGAAGACUGUCUAUGCAGAUGCUGACGAAGACGAUAGCGAAGACGAAUGCUGA